UAUAUACCCAAGUCGUGAAAGGAAAGCGGCUCAUCCUCGCGUGCGUCUGCGUGCACUGACUCAAUUAUAGAUUGGCAUCCGCUACAGCGGCCACUGGCUCGCCGAUGCCUUUUUAUUUGAACAAUCUGGUCUGGUCUGGGGAAUGAAUGAAUGAAUGAAAUUGGAGUUGGAAGCAGAGGAAUACUCGCUGAGUCGCUGUCGCCCGUGAUUUUGUGACAACUUUGAGAGUGUGAAGAAGAAGCAGCAGCAGCGAUAAACGAAAGAAACCUCCAACCCAAUCCAAUCUUCAUUCUUUCCCUUCAGUUUCACAAUAACGGAGUGCAUUCUUCGAGAUCCGGAAUGGAACCACAAUCAUCACCCUUCUCAUCAUAUUCAGCAGCACUUUGACAUCGAGAUUUGAGAUUUGAUUUCAGUGCGUGGACUACUUCGGACUGGUGUGGUCAGAGCUGCUGCUAUAUUUACCUAGGGCGGCUAGGGUUUCUCUUUUCUUCUUCUUCCCCCAUGACUACUAAACGCGCUUACAAGCUACAGGAAUUUGUAGCACAUUCUGCAGCUGUGAAUUGCCUCAAGAUUGGCAGAAAAUCUUCUAGAGUUCUUGUCACCGGCGGAGAAGAUCACAAGGUCAAUCUCUGGGCCAUUGGGAAACCCAAUGCCUUACUGAGUUUGUCUGGACACACCAGUGGAAUUGAUUCAGUAAGCUUUGAUUCUUCAGAGGUCUUAGUAGCUGCAGGAGCUGCAAGUGGUACAAUUAAGCUUUGGGAUUUAGAGGAGGCAAAGAUUGUUCGCACACUUACCGGUCACAGAUCCAAUUGUAUAUCUGUGGAUUUUCAUCCUUUUGGGGAGUUCUUUGCAUCUGGCUCCUUAGAUACAAAUCUCAAAAUAUGGGAUAUCAGGAAGAAGGGGUGUAUUCACACAUACAAAGGCCAUACUCGAGGGGUCAAUGCUAUCAGAUUUACCCCAGAUGGACGUUGGGUUGUUUCUGGUGGAGAGGACAACACUGUGAAGUUGUGGGACCUGACCGCUGGAAAGCUGCUGCAUGACUUCAAGUGUCAUGAGGGCCAGGUUCAGUGCAUAGACUUUCAUCCCCACGAGUUUCUGCUAGCAACAGGUUCAGCAGAUAGAACUGUCAAAUUUUGGGACCUUGAAACCUUCGAGCUAAUUGGCUCUGCUGGACCUGAGACAACUGGAGUGCGUUCUUUGACUUUUAGCCCUGAUGGGAGAGCCCUACUCUGUGGAUUGCAUGAAAGUUUAAAGGUUUUCUCGUGGGAGCCAAUAAGGUGCCAUGAUGCUGUGGAGGUGGGAUGGUCUCGAUUGUCAGAUCUUAAUGUUCAUGAGGGAAAGCUUCUUGGAUGCUCUUACAAUCAGAGUUGUGUUGGAGUGUGGGUUGUAGACAUCUCGCGCAUUGAACCGUAUGCAAUUGGUAAUGCCAGCAGAUUGAGUGGGCAUUCAGAAUCUAAAUCAUUGUCUGGUGGGAAUCUCUCUGUGCUCAAUGAGAUCGCUGCUAAAUCUAGUUUGGGCCGGUUGUCUGUUUCACAAAAUUCAGAUUCUUUAGUGAAGGAAACAAAAUCUCUUGGAAGGUUAUCAGUUUCUCAGAAUUCAGAUCUCGUUAAGGAGCCAAAAAUUAUUGCAUCCACAGGAAUUGUUCCUGGUGCUCCUCAAAGGAUCAAUAUGAAUUCCAGUCCAAAAACUAUUGUGGCUAGUUCAGUGGCAGUUCCUAAUGCAUCAACCCUGAAGAGGAGUUCUACUAAGACCCAUUCAACAGCUAAUAUUCCAACUUUUAACAAGUCUGAUGUCAUACCUGUAAUUGUGCCAAGAACUAGUAUGAGGUCAGAGCUGUCAUCUGAGUCUAGAAAAGAGGUUAGCGUUGCUGGAAGACCACUGGCAUUUUCUUUGCAGUCAAAGGCAACUGAUUUCCGGAAGUUGUCCAAUAGCAGAGAAGAAGUGGAUAAGCCAGCUGUCUCUUCGGUGUCUGAAUCCCCUGCUUCUAAGGCUAUUGAAUUAAGCAGUGCUGCAGAUAAGAAUGGCUUCUCAACAGUUUUAAGUUCAACUCAGGGAAUACAUGCUGAAAAGAACACAAAAGAUGAUAUAUAUUUUGGACCUGGGAAGCAUGAAACUAGUUCAAUGAUGGUGCCAACUGCAAGUUACCAGCAUGAAAGUUAUGAGGCUCCAGGGCACAAGGUGAGCAGAGAAGCAUUUUCUGCUGAAGGUCAAAGAGGAGGGAGAUUGCACUCAAUUGCUGUAAAUUGGGAGAAAAGAGAUAGAUAUUCUAACUACGAGGGACCUACUUCCAAUGGUACCCUGGGAACAGCGUCUGCACCAAAUAUUAUCCCUUUAAAUGCGUUUAAGCAGCGAGGUUAUCCUACAUCUACUGAAAAAGAAACAGUGUCUGCUAGUGAUGAGGAUGCUAUUGCAGAUCUCCUGGAAAAACACGAUAAAUUUGUUGGCUCCAUGCAAUCUCGUGUUGCCAAAUUACAGGUAGUCUAUAGAUAUUGGGAAAGGAAUGAUGUUAAGGGGGUCCUUGGUGCAAUGGAGAAGAUGGCUGAUCAUGCUGUCAUUGCGGAUGUAGUCAGCAUUAUGACACAAAAAAUUGAUAUUGUCACACUGGAUAUAUGCACUUACCUUCUGCCACUCCUCACUGGCCUUCUAGAAAGUAACAUGGAUAGGCAUUUAGGCAUUUCUUUGGAAAUGCUGCUCAAGCUGGUUAGAGUGUUUGGUUCUGUGAUCUAUUCAGCAAUAUCUGCGUCGUCAUCUGUUGGUGUUGAUAUUGAAGCCGAGAAAAGAUUUGAGGUGGCUAUGUAUUUUGAAAUGGUUGCCCUAGGCUGGAGCGCUGCAACAUCUGUUUUGUGGAGCUUGAAAAGGUCAAAUGCUGUUUGCCGGCUCUAACCAGAAGAGGAGGAUCAAUUGCAAAGGCUGCACAGGAGUUGAAUUUAGCUCUUCAGGAAGUUUCAUGACGGAAAAAGUGUGCAUAGUGAAAGUGCAGUUUGGAGGGAGUUUGUGCAUUUUGGAGUAAUGAACCCCUCCUCUUCUUGCAACACCGCUAUGAUGGUUCAAUGCUCUCUGUGUUGUGUGGCCUGGCCGACUCGGGCAGUCCCUGGUUGUACAUUAGUGCUAAGUGGAGAUAUUAACUACAAGCUAAUUCUAUACUAUUCGCUAAAACGAGAGGCUAAUUGUCGACAUGUCGCUCUACGUCCUGUUUGCACAGUUUUGGGAACUUCCAAUCCAUUUCUGCUCAGCGAAAGAGAUCACUGCUCCACUCCGUUCACCAUUUACCAUGUUCUGCUCAGCGAAAGAGAUCACUGCUCCACUCCGUUUCACUAUUAACCCAACAUGGUAGCAUCAAAUUGGUUCUUCUUUUUUUUCGUUAAUCUGAUGAUCAAAUUGUAUCCUUUGGCUGCAUUAACAAUUAUUUAAGCGUAUGUUAUAUUUUGCACCUUCAAAUUUGGGUGCAAUGACAAUCUCAUACCUUAUCUUUACAAGAUUGCAAUGUCAUACACAAACUUGUGUUUUA